CCAUUAACUCAAAGCCUCUCAAAUCCUACUUGUGUUUUUGCCCCAAUACAUUAAUUUUUCUGCUUCAUCAUUUCUUUGCAGCAGAGACAAAGACAUGGCAAGUAGCAGCAUGGCUUCUGCUGCAUCCGGUUUUAUGGUGUCCACCCCCAAUAUUGCCACCUCUAACAGUACUGCUCCUCGCACCUCUAUGUUAUUCUUCUCUUCUUCCAAGAACAACACCACCACCACCAACUUCCCGAGGCUCGUUGUUAGGGCCGCGGAAGAGGCUGCGCCGCCAGCUGCUACCGCCACUGCUGAAGGUGAAGCUCCUCCUGCCAAAGCUGCCAAGCCACCUCCAAUUGGACCCAAGAGAGGAACCAAAGUGAGAGUUUUAAGGAAGGAAUCUUACUGGUACAAGGGUGUUGGUUCAGUUGUAGCUGUUGAUCAGGAUCCGAACACACGCUACCCAGUUGUAGUGAGGUUCAACAAAGUGAACUAUGCUAAUGUAUCUACCAACAACUACGCAUUGGAUGAAGUCGAAGAAGUGAAAUGAAAGAGAGGAAGUAAUUAAUUAGUUCAUGGUUUUUCAUAUUUGUAAUAUGCCCGACCCUGUGCUUUCCAUGUUUAAUCUCUAGUUAUAUACUGGCUUUGAAUGUGAAUCUGUAUCAUAAUUUCUCGCAACUUUCUCCUUCCUUUUCUUAUUAAGCUUGUUGCCAUUGUUCAAUCCAA